AUGAACAUUGUGUCUGAAGUAGAAGUGCAAACCUCUUUUACCCCGAGACAUUAUUCCAAGCAUCACUCUUGCACUCCGUCAUCUAAGAACUCCAAAAACGUUGCAACCGAUUUCAAUUCUUCUACUUAUUAUAUCUCAGGCAUAAUUAGAUCGCCAUCAGUAGGAAACUUUUUCACAAAAAAGCCAGGCUAUACUAGAUCCCAAUCAAUUUUAAGAGAUAUAAGAGCUAAGGAAAGAUCUUUUGUAGACUCAUUCAGUCAAAGAAAAAAUAUAUUAUGCAGAAUGCUGAAAAUUAGAGAUAAAUCGCUGAAAGUUGAAAAUGAAAGGAAAAAAAUAAUUGAUAGAAUUGAGCAUUAUAAGCUUAACAGAAUUAGCUCCAAAUCAAAAACCCCAGAAAAGAGAAAUUUUAGGGCUGAUGAUAAUUAUCUUAAGCAAGAAAUUGUUUAUAGCUCCCAUAAAGAAAAUCAAAAUAAAAGAUCGCAUCGAUGCUCCUUGCAUAGAGUUGUGAUUGAUCCGAAGCUGAUUCCUCAAGAAAGCAGCUUAACCGACAUUCAAGGCAUUUUGCAAAUGCUUGAGUGCAAAAAUCCAAAGUUGUUAAGAUGGCUUUAA